AGAAGAAAAAGGCGGGAUCGUUCGCUCUCCACCGAGUCCCUCCGACUCCUCUCUCUCUCUCGCCCCCUCCCUCGCUCGCCCUUCUCCAUGUCCCCGGACGGUGAAGUGGAGCCCGCCGCCGCCGGUAACGGCGAAGUGGCGGGUCUCCCGUUGCCUCCGCCGCGGCACGAUGAUGCCAUCGUCGGAUCUCCGGAGGAGAAGGGCUCGGAGGACCAAUCGCCGUCGUCUGACGAGGAUGUUGCUCCCGAUCACGGCAAUGAUGAGGGCCUCGCUCAUUCCGCUGCCACCGGCUUCCUCACUGAUGAUCUCAAGCGGAAGAUCAUCAGGCAGGUGGAGUAUUAUUUCAGCGAUGAAAACUUGCCCACUGAUAAGUACAUGAUGAGUUUGAUUAAGAAGAACAAACAAGGAUUCGUACCUAUUGGAUUAGUUGCUUCUUUUAGGAAAAUGAAAAAGCUAACCCAAGAUCAUUCAGCUGUUACAACUGCACUGAAGGAGUCUACAUUUUUGGUUGUGAGUUCAGAUGGGAAGAAGGUGAAGCGUCUUCAUCCUCUUCCAAGCACAGAGGCUCUGUUUCGUACUGUUCUGGUGGAGAACCUGCCAGAAGAUCACUCGGUGGAGAACCUUGAGAGAAUUUUUGUUGAAGUUGGAAAGGUGAAGAGUAUCUCUGUCCACGAUCCAAGUGCUGUAGAAGAGCCAAAAAAGCAUGGCAAGUCAGAAAAACUUCAUAGCACCAAGUUACAUGCUCUCAUAGAAUAUGAGACUGUGGAAGCUACUGAGAAAGCGGUUGCUGCUUUGAAUAAUGAAGAGGACUGGAGGAAUGGCAUGCAUGUCAAGAUUCUUAAGCGCAUGGGCAAGCAAGGGCAGAGAAAAGUAAACUGGAGGGUUACUGAAUCUGAGAAUAAUGGUUCUGCUCAUUUAUUCGAUCAAGUUGGUGUUGAGGAAGAUCACAAGUUAAGUGAGCAUCAUGAUCGUGUGCCUGAUGAAGAGGAUGGAGACCGUAUUAUUCCAAAGGAGAAAAAUGGGGAUAGAAGCCGAAACCACGGGCGACCAAGGAGAUACAAUCAUCGUGGGAUGAAUGGACAUGGGCAUGGAACUACAACUUUAACACACAUCGUUGAGCCCUCAAAACCUCCUCCAGGCCCAAGAAUGCCUGAUGGAACGAGAGGAUUCACUAUGGGACGUGGUAGACCUCCAGUCCCUGAUUUAAGUUAAGCAGAUCUACUAUCAUACGGAGUGAAAUGUGAGGUUCAUGCUCAGUUAAUUAAUUGCUCAAAGCUUUGAUUGAAUGUUUCCGGGUGGUAGUGGACUUAUGGUGGAUUGAUUGUGCAAAAGAGAUGGAGCUGGGCAUUCAUGUUUUGCGAGCAAAGGGAUUGUAAUUUAGUAGUAAGAAAAUUCCGUCAACUGGUCAGCUUGUGCUUUAGCUUCUGAUAUUGGGACUUCAUUGUGAACUUGUGACAAAUGCCUAUCUCACAAGUUUUUUUUUGUUCUGAGUUGGCGAAAAACUGCUACUUGUCCAGUUUCUGUGAAGUGUGGCAUAUACAAAAGCUGUGGAGAACAAUAUUUGAGGUCUUCAAAGAUAUGUGGAGGUUUAAAACAAGGAAUGCCCCAAUUUUUAU